AACCAUGAAAUAAGACAUUUACAUCACAUUUAGUGAAUGUAAAUUGAGAACCUGUAAUAAAAGCUGACGAUUUUCUCGGGAAACCACACAAUCUUCGCAAAUUUUUGGAUUUUUGGAGGUAUUUCUGGGUGCUUCACAACAUCUUCAGCCAUCAUGAACUCCAUGGUAUUUACCUUCUGCUUCGUCACGUUGCUGUUCUCCGCUUCUAUGAGUUCAGGCUCAGGUGCAGUUCCUGGAUAUUAUGCAGCAGGCUAUUACGGUGGAUAUCCUUUUGGAUAUGGGGCUUAUAAUAACUAUUUAAACGGAGGACUAGUUCCCGGAGCUGUUUCACCAUUGACAGCUGCUGGAGCCGUUGCAGCUUACAACUAUGGCAACUUAGGAUACGGAUAUAAUUACGGGUAUGGAUAUCCUUACGCUUCAGGUUACGGAUUUCCUUACUAUAAAAAGUGAGAGUACCAGUUUCGAAAAAGUAUAGAUUUAGAGUCUCGUACCCAAGGCAAGUA